GUCAUAAUAACAGUAACUCCCCUUGUAACAAAAUGAGUUUUUGUGUGGAUUUGGUUUCAGAAGAUUCUUUUUAUGAAAAUAUUACUUUGGGCGUAACUAAACUUUUAGAGUCUGACCCUCGAAUUUGCAAUGUGACGGUGGAACGCCGUAUUCCUUGCGACCGUGUCGCUCUAUCCACUUGGGAGCAACGCCAUUCUGCCGUGUUGCCUGAAGAUCUUCGAAAUUUCUAUGCCUCAAGUGAUGGAUUUUUACUUACUUGGCACUACAAGUAUUCAGCUGAUCAAAUAUUGCCAGUUGGUUCCAUUCGAGUGAACUCCUUGAAUGAACUAGUCCUUUCGCCAGCUUUGAAGGAUCUACUGGAUUUCUCUUUUACUCGACCAAGCACGGGGCCACGACCGGUUCUCAACACCAAGAGCAAAGUGUUUGAAUUGGAUUCUUGUAGAACAAUCGGCAAGGUAUGUCUGGUAUACACCGGAGGCUCAUGGUCGGUGUGGCUGGGCACUCGAUCCGGCGCUUGGGGCUGGCUGGCGGACUCCUUCACGCAGUAUUUCAGGAUGGCGCUGGUGCACCUCGGGCUGCCCGGCUGGCAAGCCGCCUUUGCGGACCUGCCGCCUAUACCGUGGGCUGAGCAACUGUUCCUUCUCCUGGCACCGCAUCUGUUGGAGAAAGUUGACGAAAAGCCUGUAUCUUCGUCAUCGUCCGAAGCGAGCCUCAACCACAUCGACCCGAACAUCUUCAAGGCCUCCGCGAGGCAGCACAAAAACGUGUCCAGGCAGACCAAUGCGUAGAACCAGGCAAAUUAAAAACAGAUUUUAACUAAGGUUCGGUAGCACUAGUGACCGACCGAAGAUCAUGUUUCGGCCAAAAAACGGCCGAAUCUUUCGAAAUUGUACUUUUGGGUCACGUUGGGAUCACUUUUUCAGGAUUUUAAAAGUUCCUGGUAAGGUGAUAUUUAAGAGUUCAAAAUAUUUAGUAAUGUGACAGACGGACAGAGUCGCACCAUAAGGGUUCCUUUUUGAUACGGAACCCUAAAAAUGACAAAUAGUGAAUACAUGACUAUGAGUAGGGUCUAGUUGAGUAUAAAAACGAUUUUAUACAUACAUAUCUUCUAACGUUUCGGUUUCGGCCAAAACUAGAGCCAAGGCCGAACCUUCGCUUCCGGUUUCGUCAAGAAAACAUGUUUCGGUCGGACACUAGGUAGCACCAAAUCUGUCACCGUACGUUUGCUAAAUUUUGUUCAAUAAUCUGUUACAUAUGCUUGGUGCAACUGUGCCUAAGGCUCCGCACACACGGGCGACAAAACUGUUUUGUCUCCGUCGCUCGGUCUAUGGGCUAGUAUGAAGGUGCGCACACGAGGCGACGCAACUUUUCAUACAAAUACGACGGAGACAAAACAGUUUUGUCUCCCGUCUGUGGGGGGCCUAAAGCUUCAUAUUUAACUAUCCGUUUUGUGUGUAUUUUAUUGCAUGACAACGAAAAGAUUGUCUGAUAUAUCUAAUUGGUAUAAGUUUCGUUUGUGUUUCCAAUCACUGGAUUGUAAAAAUGGGAGACAGUAAUCUGAUAAAGUGAGAUACAUAAAACACUUUAUAAUUACGUCUUCAUGACGGAAGGUUACAGAGGCGUUACCCUUGCACGACUUAGGAGCAAAUUUAUACCAGUUCAGUUAUGUUAUGGUAAAUCAUGAGCUGACUUGAAUGAAAUCCAAUAAAACAUAAUAAAAUUCAUUUUUUCUUUUAUUGGCCAGCCAAACAAAUAAAACAAGCCAAGCAAAUUACAUACUGUAUAUUGAAUAAAUCUUGAUACAAUAAAAUUUAUAGCUAAAUAACAAAACAAAAAUGGACGGAAUGUGAGAUUCUAAAUGAAGUAUCAGCUAGUUUAAUAAAUGUAAGCUUAAAUUUAAGUAUGUGAUAUAAAAGUAGGUACAUACAUUAUAAAACUCAUGCUAGGCCAUGGUCAACCAUGAUUGCAGUGU